UUAGCUGCACUUUUUUUUAAUUCGUAAGCGCUUGCAGAACAAAUUAGUCGGUACGGUUAGUGAGCUCAGAAUAUUCACAGUUUUUUUUAUUCUCGUGUUGCGAUGGAUAGAGGAGGGUAUGGUGGAAGUGGAAGAGGCAGCGGGAGAGACGGAGCAGGAGGAAGAGGCAGAGGAGGACGAGGAGGCAGAGUGAGAGGUGGAGAAGGUGGAAGAGGCAGAGAGAGAGGGAGAGACGGAGGAGGAGGAGGAGGAGGCGGGGGGAGGGAUACUAGGCUUCAUCAGCAAGGGCAGCAGGGAAGAGGAACGAACCAGGGCCGGAGCCAACGACAAGUGGUUCCAAACCCAAGUGCAGCCCAUCAGAGUCCUGCUCCUAUGGUGUUCGACAGGGGCGAAGGGACGUCUAGUGGAGUUCGGAAACCAUGGGGAGGUCGAUCUUUUGCUCAAGUUCUGUCAACCCCAAGUCAUGGAUCUUCUUCUACUUCUUCACCAGCGGGUCAUGAUCCUGGUGCUAUUGCUACUGCAAUGAAAUCACUGACUAUUUCAAAACCAGUGCUGCCUUCGUCGUCAUCUACCGAAAUAAUUUUGCCUAUUAAACGACCUGAUAAUGGAGGGACGAAUGGUACUAAGAAACUUAUGCUUCUUGUCAAUCAUUUUGCUGUUAUCUUCGAUGCAACGAAGAUUAUAUGGCACUAUGAUGUUGAUGUUAAGCCAAUGUUGGCUUCAAGUAACGGACAUCCUGUCAAAAUAUCGAAGUUUGACUUGUCUUUAAUAAUGAAAAAGAUGUACGAGGCCAAUCCCAACCGGUUUCCUAUUAACGAGAUUGUAUAUGAUGGCAGAAAGAACAUCUUUAGUGUUGCAGAAUUACCUACUGGGGAAUUUGAAGUACAACUAUUCCAGUCUUCAUCAUAUCUCGUGACACUAAAGCUUGUGAACGAACUCAGGCUUUCUCAACUUAAUGAUUACAUUGGUGGACAAGAGCCGUCGGUUCCUCGUGAUAUAUUACAAGCAAUGGAUUUGGCAUUGAAGGAGACUCCUAAAAGGUUUAAGUUCUCUUUGAAUCAUAGUUCCCGUUAUCCAGGAGUCGACCUUGGGCACGGUAUUGUUGCAUCUAGACAACCUACAUAUAGUUUGAAGCUGACUUCUCAAGAUUUAGCUUUGUGUCUGGACUACUCAGUGAUGCCAGUUCGUAAGCCAUUGCCUGUUCUUGACUAUCUGAAGCAGCAGAUAGAUGGUUUUAAUAUAAAUGCGUUUGGAAACCUCAAGGAAAAUAUUGCAAAAGCGUUGAAUGAAUUGGAAGUCUAUAAAUCUCAUAUUGAUUUUUACCGAAGACAUAAAAUUUAUGGAUUGACUUCUAAUGGCGCACAAGAUAUUUCGUUUAUCUUGGAAGGCCAAGAAACCAGCCUUGUAGAUUACUUCAAGGUGAAGUAUGAGAUAGAUAUCGAGCACCAAGGUAUUCCCUGCUUGGAAUUGGGGAAAAGGAAUGGAAGUCAUGUGGUGCCCAUAGAAUUAUGUGUCGUAGCUGAAGGACAGAGAUAUCCUAAGGAUUUACUUGAUAAAGAAGCAACAAAGACGUUGAAGAAUUUGUCGAUGCCUUUACCAACCGAUAGGAGGAAAAAAAUAUGUGAUAUGGUGCAGGAUGCAAAUGGUCCUUGUGGUGGAGAAGUUGUGCAAAAUUUUGGGAUGCAACCAAGCACGAACAUGACAAUAGUGGAAGGUCGUGUUCUUAGCCCACCUGAGUUGUUAGUUCGUGCUCGUCGAGGCGAUAAGAUAAAAAUACAUGUUCCUGAAGACAAAUGUCAUUGGAACCUUGCUCAUGGUAGACGUCUGGUUGAAGGGAAGAAAAUUGAUCGCUGGGCUAUUCUUGAUUUCACACCACUUGGAACGUCCAAACAAAGCUUGGAUUAUGAUUUAUUUGUUCAAAGUCUUGGAAAACGAUUCAAUGAACUCGGGAUGGCUAUUGGGAAGCCACUUCAUUAUGAGAAGGCUGAAAUGAACGUUUUAAACAGUGAGGAUGAGCUUCAAAAGAAGCUUGUGAAUAUUCAGCGCCGAUCUUAUGAGAAAUCAGGAGGACGUCUUCAGCUGCUUCUUUGUGUGAUGGCUGGACAACACCCUGGUUACGGUUGCCUUAAAUUUGUUGCCGAGACCAGAGUUGGCAUUAUGACCCAAUGUUGUCUGUCUUUCGGUGCCAAUCAAGCGACAGAUCAAUAUCUUGCUAAUCUUGGUUUGAAGAUUAAUGCCAAGCUUGGAGGCCAAAAUGUAGACAUCAAUGAACCUCUACUUCACUUUAAAGAUGAAGGUCAUCUUAUGUUUGUAGGUGCUGACGUCAAUCAUCCUGGCAAGAACUCAACUAGUCCUUCAAUAGCAGCUGUUGUAGCUUCCAUGAGUUGGCCUGCUCCUCAUCGUUAUGCGGUGAGAAUUCGCCCACAAGAAGCCAGAUCAGAGAAGAUUCAGGACUUUUCUGAGAUGUGUUGGGAGCUUAUAGAGUCUUAUAACAAGUUAAACCAUCGCAUGCCUGCAAAAAUUGUGAUAUUUCGCGAUGGAGUUGGUGAAAGCCAGUUUGAUAUGGUACUUAAUGAGGAGCUAGUCGGCAUCCAGAGAGCCUUUAAAGCAAAGGAUUAUUUUCCAACCAUCACGCUUAUCGUAGCGCAGAAGAGACACAACACACGUUUCUUUCCGAUGAACAAACAGGAUGGAGGUUCCUCCGGCAACGUGCCUCCAGGAACCGUUAUUGAUUCAACUGUUGUGGAUCCUUCAGGGUUUCAUUUCCAUCUGUUUAGCCAGUAUGGUAUGAUUGGGACUAGCAAGUCAACACAAUACCACGCCCUUUGGGACGAACAUGGGUUCACUAGUGACCAUAUCCAACAGCUAAUACAUAGCAUGUGCUUCACUUCUGCUCGGUGCACCAAGUCUGUCUCCUUGAUCCCGCCGGUUUUUUAUGCCGACCUCGCUGCGUAUAGAGGUCGGCUUUACCAGCAGGUAUUGAACCGACGACAAUCUCAACCACUGGCUGAUGCAUUUGACAGGAGCUAUUACAGGGUCCAUCCUGACCUUGAAAAUUCAAUGUUUUUCAUCUGAAAAAAAAA